AUGAAACCCGCAUUGACUGCUGGUCUCGUGGCCUUUGUUUGGUUCAUACAGCAUGCUGGUGCGACAAGCUGGGGCGAUUCCCCAAGCUUUUCCAGCGUUUCCAAUACCAAUAACAACUGCACGGCUGAUCAACAAAGUGGGUUUGACUGGUCUGGUCUACCCACAGGUUCGUUCAACAACUAUGGAGGGUUUGGCUUCAGCGGAUUUUCCUGCCAGAACUCCUUUCAACCCAAUGCAAAGAAAAGAUCCCUUCGCAUUCGCGACGAUUUCCAGUCUAAAUGCAUCCAAGGCAAAGUAAGCAAAUCCUCCAACAGUGGUCCCAACUUUUCUUGCGGCCAAGGCCAGUUCUCGAUCACGCACAUGCAAGUUUCCGUUUCCUUUGACACCGAUCUGGAUUUCAUCUUCUCCAUGCCUGAUGGCUCUACUUGCAAGCACACCGCAUCUUGCAGCGCAAGCGGUACCACAGUGGAAAACACGCAGUGCGGCGGAGCUAGAUCCGUGUCCUUCCAGAUGCCUCCCAGCAACAACAAUAAUGGCUGCGACAUCGGUAUUCAUUCGAUUGGCUUCGAUUGCAACCUUUCCUCAUCUUCCUCUUCCUCGACAACUACAGCUCCAGCUACUUCUACCACUACCAUCCCUGUAACCACAACUACAACUCCAGCUGUGAUCACAACCUCACAAACUGAGACGACCACCACUACGCCAAAGGUCGACACAACGACGACUCCGCAGGUUAUCCCAGUCACAAGCAGCUUGACUACUACAACUUCUCCCAGAGAACAAGUCACGUCGAGCACCACGUCUGUUCCCGAUACAACUACAAGCCCGCCUCGGGAAACUCCGAGCACUUCAACAACAACUACGACCACGCCGCAGGAAACUCCAAAAACUACCACAACUAUGCCUUCUUCUACUGCGCAGACCCCGAGCUCUUCAACCACACUCAACCGGCAGACUACUACCAGCUCAGCCAUUGUCACCACGACAACGGGUGAUAGAACGCCGGGAACGAGCUCAACCGAAACUACCACUGACGUGAUUACGACGGAAAUUGUUGUGACGACUCUCACGACAUGUCCCGUAACCAACACGCGCACAAGUGGCACUGAGACCGUGACCGAGACUACUAAUACUAUCUCAACAAUCACAAUUACUUCAACUUCCACAGUCUGCACUCGUUGCAAUCGACCUCCACCAUCCACCCUUUCUACCGCCGCACCACCCCCUGCCACUACAGAGACAAAUCCGGGACCCCCACCUGGAACCCCUCCACCAUCUUCGUCCCCAGAAACUCAACCUCAAAGCCCGCCACCAUCAUCACCUGCUUCACCUCCGCCAUCUCAGUCACCACUACCUUCUCGAACCCCCUCUCCGCCAUCCUCGUCACCACCAGCUGUGCCUCCGGCGCAACCAACAUCCCCAUGCCCCUCGGUACUCCCCUCUUGCAUGAAUACCUGGCUUUCUCUGGUACCCAAAUGCGCCUCAAACUCUGAUACAACGUGUCUCUGCCCUUCCCCACAGUUUAUCAGCUCUGUCCAACAAUGUGUCUCGGCUUGGGGAAAGUCUGAUGAAGAGAUCACUGCGGCGUUGUCGUACUUGGCGGGGAUAUGCGCGGAUUUUGUUCCCCAGAAUCCGGGUAUCUGUACGGGCGUACCAAGCACUAUCACUCUUGUGCCUACGCCUGCCCCUACUGGGUCGGUAAUAGAGACAGUAGGAACACAGGUACAGACGGUGACCAACACUGGUACAGUGACUGCCACGGUUACCAAUGGCAACGGGCGCGGACCAAGACCACCUCUUUCAGGCUCAGGCUCAGGGGCAAGCAAUGGUAUCUCCCCGCCCUCUCCAACCCUACCGGUGGCCAUCCCCGUCACAACAGUGACGUUUACACAGACUGCCUCAGGAAGUACGAUUACAAGUGCGGUUACGGUACCGCAGGUUACCUUCGUCACUGUCCAACCUACCGGGUCUGAUGGUGCCGCCAGUGGGAAUAAUGGAAAUAAUAUUGGUGGAGGUCCAGGGGAAGUUGGGUUGGUUCCCAUGCCCACUGCUUCUCCUACCGGCGGAUCUGGGUCAUCGGGCUCGGGCUUGGGAAGUGAUUCCGGUUCUGGUCCCGCAGUCGGGGGAGGAGCGGGAGCGGACGCAGCAGCCACAAGUUUCGUUCCCGGGCCAACAAGCUCAAGCACUGGCGCAGGGGCGGCUUCGGUCACACCAGACAUAUUCACCGGCGCAGCAAACAGGCAGAGCAUCGCAUGGGGUAUUCUUGCUGGUACAUUUGGUGUCCUUGCGUUCUUGGUCUAA